GAGCAAUACCAAUUAGCCAACCGAUCAGUACGACAAUGCCUAACUACCCAAGAGUGUUUGUGGUCCGUCAUGGUGAGACCGAAUGGAGUUUGAACGGCCGUCACACCGGAGCCACCGACCUACCAUUGACACAGAACGGAGAGAAGCGUGUCAGACAAUCCGCCGAGGCUCUCGUCGGCGAAGAUCGGCUCUUGACUUGUUCGACCAUCAAACGGAUCUUCGUAUCUCCGCUCCAGCGUGCCAGGAAGACUUUGGAGCUGUUUCAUUUGCCAAAGAACAUUCCGGUCGAGGAGACUGAGGAUAUAAUUGAGUGGAAUUAUGGUGAAUAUGAGGGUGUUACGAGUAAGGACAUUCAGGCGCAGCGGGAGAGGGAAGGGAAGGGACGGUGGAAUCUGUGGAAGGAGGGAUGUCCGGGUGGUGAGUCUCCUGAAGAUGUCACUAAGAGACUGGAUGCGUUCAUUGCCCGAAUCAGAAAAAUUCAAGGAGAAGCGGUGGAGAAGGACGAGCAUGGAGAUGUCGUGGUUGUCGCUCAUGGACAUAUUCUUCGAGCUUUCACUGCUCGCUGGAUCGAUGAUCCCAUUACGAGCGGAAACAAGUUCUUGCUGUCGGCUGGUGGAGUGGGAGUGCUGGCAUAUGAGCACCAAAGCUUUGACGAGCCUUGUGUGGAUUGUUGGAACAUCACGGACGGAAAGGGUGUUGGACCGACGAUCAGUAGGCCCAAAAUUCCUCAUAUUGGAUGA